AUGGAAUCAUCCGAGAUUACUUCAGAGAAUGUAUGUGGAGAUAUUUCGAGAAAUUCAAACAAUUCUCAACAUGAUAAUUCACGAAUUGUUCAUGAAGAAAGACUUGAGAAAGUAGUACGAAAAAGAAAUCAGAAGUUCGAAGAAAUUGAUUUGGAGGGUCGUAGAAUAGUGGACAUUCAGUAUUUCAUCGAUUCGCUGAAAUUAAUUGCAGAUCAUGCACCACACAUGGGAUGUACAUUGAAUAAUAUGAAAGUUGUUGGGGAAUACAUGAAUGGUUUCUCUUCUGAAAUCAAAUUCAAGUGUAAUAUGUGCUCAGAAACAAGAACCGUAACUACAGUGUAUGAUCAUGCAGAUAUUAACAGCAGUGCAAUAAUGGGAGUUACUACCAUGGGGUCAGGUUUUACCCAUCUCAAUCAUUUGAUUUCGUCCAUAGAUAUACCUAUGUUCUCUCCAUCAACAUACAACCGUAUCCAGGAUGAAUUAUCAGAUAUUUGGGGAGAAAUUGCUCUUGAGGAAAUGGCACGUGCUGCUGAGGAAGAAAAAAGAAUUGCGAUGGAAUGUGGUGACGUUACAACUGACGAAAUUCCUCUUAUAACAGUAGUUUGCGAUGGGGUUUGGGCAAAGAGGUCCUACAGAUCCAAUUAUAGCUCGUUGAGUGGUGCAGCAGCCAUAGUUGGUUACAAAACAAGAAAAAUAUUAUAUCUUGCAGUCAGCAAUAAGUUUGGCAUAACAUGUAAAAAGCUUCCUGAUGACGCUUUAUACCACAAAUGUUAUAGAAACUGGAGUGGCUCGUCAUCUGCCAUGGAAUCUGACAUUAUUGCUGAAGGAUUCAUGAAAAGCUUAGGCAUGCAUGGUUUGAUAUAUAGUCAGAUGGUGGCCGACGGAGAUAGCAGUUGCUAUAAAAAAUUUUUGAUUGCAAUCCUUACAGGGAAAUAA